UCCGGACUGAGAAGUCACUGUGCGCAAAGGGGAACAGAAAACUUCCACAAGAGGACUCAUUCUGGAUCUUUUCAGGAUAAUAAUGAGCUAUACGACGCUUAGGUGUGCACAAGUUCAAAAUACGGACUUUUGACUUCACUUUGGACCGGAGCCACGUUUUAAAAUUUACUGCUGUUCGCAAAGAUAUUCUGCAAGUCUCGCUUCUCUUCUGCGAUGUUUAAAAGAAACCAAGUCAUUUAGAAAGGUUUGUGUGUGAUGGCUGAUGUGACACUUCCAGGGUGAGCAGCUCCUGUUUUCAGUGCUGUGACGCCCUCUGCUGUGUGGCUGAGGAAGAUUCAGGACUGGGAAAGCAAGGAUGGAGAAUGUUAUCAAGGAGGGGAUGAACACUGUCAUCAUCAACCACUACAACCACUCGGGGAAGUUGGACCGACCUCGUAACGGGGGCGUCUGCAAGACGGUGUUGCUGCUAAUCAUCUGCAUGCUCAUCAUUCUGGAGAACAUAAUGGUUCUGCUCGCUAUCUGGAGGAACAAGCGCUUCCACAGCCGAAUGUACUUGCUCAUUGGAAACCUGGCAUUGUCUGACCUUCUGGCUGGUGUGGCCUAUGUGGUAAAUAUCUUCACCUCGGGGAGUAAGACCUUCUACCUGACACCAGAGCAAUGGCUGGCUAGAGAGGGAAGCAUGUUUGUGGCCCUCAGCGCCUCCACCUUCAGUCUCCUGGCCAUUGGCAUUGAGAGGCACAUGACGAUGGUGCGUCUGCGGCCCAAUGAAACAACCGGACGAGGAAGACUCCUGGUAAUGUUGGCAGCAUGCUGGGUUGUGUCUGUGCUGCUCGGGGCCCUGCCCAGUCUGGGCUGGAACUGCCUGAACAAUCUGGAUUCCUGCUCCACAGUUCUGCCAUUGUACGCUGAAAGUUACAUUGCCUUCUGCAUUAGUGUUUUCAGCGCGCUGCUGGUUGCUAUUAUCAUUCUCUACAUAAGGAUUUACCGUCUGGUGACCUCCAGCGGCCGCAGGGUGAGCAGCCGGCCCUCAGACUGCUCUCUGGUCCUGCUGCGGACGGUUGUGAUUGUUCUUGGGGUAUUUGUCGUUUGCUGGACCCCUUUAUUCGUUCUGCUCCUGCUCGAUGUCGGUUGCAGCCCGCAAAGGUGUGAGGUCCUCUACCAGGUGGACUGGUUCAUCGCCCUGGCUGUGCUCAACUCUGCCCUCAACCCUCUGAUAUACACUCUGUCCAGCAGGGAGAUGAGAGGAGCUUUCUAUAAUUUACUCUGCUGCUCACAAACCAGCAUGGAGCCAUGUGGGUCUCCUGCACUGGGUAACCCUCCCCUGGGCACCAUUAUCCCCACACUGGAAAACAGCAGGACCAGUUUGGGUGGAGGUGGAGUCAGUGGGACUGGCAAGUCUGCUCUAAAGAUUCCUGCACCAACAAACUCCGAUAAUAAACAUGCAGAUCCUUCUCCCACUACAGUGCUUCACCCGACGGGGCCGGCGGACCUACUCUCAGCUGUGCUUGUGAAGGCGGGGGCACUGCCGUCCCUCAGCAAGUUCUGAGUGGCAUCACCUAAAAAAUAGACUCGUAUCAGACAUUACUUCACUAUCAGCCACUUUUUCUUUGUUUACUAUUGCUCAUGUAGCUUAUGAAACUUAGUUUGAACGGAGAAAGUCACGACAGUUACUUCUGCUCAGACUACAAUAAAAAGCCCUAUAGGCCACUACUGACACAUGGUUAUAAAUAUCAAAAACCAAAACAGUGAACAAGAUAUAAGUUUGAUUUUCACAGUUCUUAAAGUUAAGUAACAUUUCUAACCAUCAGACUCAACAGGAAACUGUCAUGCAUGCCAUGAUUCAAUCUCUUCACCAUGCACAGUUCACAGCAGAGUUUACUCACCUUUCACAAUAUUUAUUCCUCAUCAUCAUAAGCCAGCAGCAUUCAAAUGGUGGUACUUUUGACAUGUUGGAUAAACUGAUGGUGCUACGACAAGCCUGACUUAGCCUCUUAUCCCAGAUUUUGUAAUCCUACUUUUGUAAAACAGCCCUCUGGAGGUCACUUUUCUGGAUGUUUCAUUAAACGAACUGGUUAUUUUCCCAGCUAAGUGAUACUUUGAGGUUACAUUAUGGAGAUCACCAGCAAGUUUUGAAACUUGUUGGUUACUUCUUUUAGGUAUUUUUACCUAACUUACACUUUUUAUACUUUAUUAGUUAUCUUGCUAUUAGGUACUUUCCUGGAAAGGUUUCUGGCAUGCUCUGGAAAGUAACAUCUACGUUCCUGGUAAGUACUUUAGAGGUUUUGAGGAAAGUGUCCAGUAUGUUUCUUUAAAAGUCCCUUGAAUUACCUGGCAAGCUUCUGGAAAGUUCCAGAAAGUAAAUGGUAAGUCCAUUGAAUGUAAGAGCUGUAUUAUGUAGUUCUACCAACCUUUAUGGUACUUGGAGUUUAUUUUACUUCACCUUUAUUAUAGUAAUUUGUUGUGCACUAUGGGCGAGAAAAGUAUUGCCAGACUAGCAGCUUCAUGAGGCUGUGAUGAGUUUUACAUACAUAAAAUAUGUGGAUAAAAAUGUUUUAGAUUCCUGAUUUGUUUUCAGGAGGAACUUGAGGGUCUUUAAUGCUUACCUUGUCACCAGAUGUGUGUACUCCUCCUGCAGUCUGCAAGCAAGAUUUGCAUAACCACAUGUAAAGAUAUUUGCUUCUCUCCAACACACGCAGAAACCACUUAUAUAUUUAUAUUUAUAUAUCUAUCACUUAACCACUUGUGAAUAAGAAUGUUGGAUGUGAAUUAUUUAAUGAUAGUAGACUAUUGUGGUUGAUGUAGUGUCUGAUAAGGCAAUAGAAAAAAUAAAAUUCUAUUCUCUUUUAUCAGGUUGAUCGUUUGUACAUUUUGCACUCUCAAGCUGUGUGUGCUCUUCUUAGCAAGUUUCCCACACCUUUUUGUCGCCAUGUUUCUGGAUAUUUUACAAUUUGACCUCUUCUCUCAUCAGAGUUUGGUUGAAAUUAUUUUUAACUGCAUGGUUUCCUAACAUUGGUUUAAACUUGAACAUGAUAAAGUGUUCAUUUAUGAAGCUGAAGGUGGCAGCAACAGCACAACCACCAGCUUCUUCGGCCAACUCUUUCCUCUUCCUCCAUUUGGUCCUCCUCAUCUUCAUUACCUCUUGCGAUUUCUAAAAUUUCAAAGCGCUCCGGUUCAAUUUGAAAAGGCUCAAAGACAAAAGUUACAUUUUUAAAUCCUGAAAAGCCUAUAGUAUUAUUGCUGUAUACUUUUACAUCCAAAAUAAUUACUUCUCGAAUAAAGUCUAUUGUUAUAACUAAUUGUGGAUUUAAUCAAGCGUAGGUCUGGGCUUUGAGAAUCUCAGUUUAGUCUUAUCCUGUUUUCCAUUCUCAGACCAGUUUUGUGCAAGCUUCUGAUUAUUACUUUGUUGAAACACCCUGUUGUGUUUUCGCUCUGUUGAGUUUAUAUUUGAAUUUGAGCAUUUGUUAUUAAUUUUUACCCUUCAGAAGUUAGAGAAAACCCAAUGUCUAAAGUUAUGCACCUAGUUCUUUUUUUUUAAAAUUGAAGUCGUUAGUUGUUUAGUCCUUUCACCCAGGAAAUAAAAGCGUUUCAAAUUCAAAGUCCAAAAUGAAUUUGCAAGAAAACUUCUCACUGGCGCUGCAGAUGUUAGCUCAUACUAAUCCACCUUAUGAAAACUUAGACGAAACAUCAGUCAUAUAUGUUAUUAUAGAAAUUAUUCAGCUUUAUUAAUUGCUUCCCAGUAGGAGGAGAAAAAAGAAAACUCAUUAGAUCUAACCUUCUGCACUCCUUUAUGAAACAUCCUGAUGUAAAACUGAUUGAUGCUCUCAUAUUGCCUUUCAUUGCCAGACCGGGGUCAGACAGGAAUGAAUAAUGCAGAGAAAUUCCUGAUAUUAUUACUGGCAGUUUCCAGACAGUCAGGCCACUUAUUAAUUAGUCAUGAAAGCAAUAUUUCAUGAAACCACCUCAAAGGAAAUAUGUCUUGUCAUCGAUUAAAUCCAUUUCAGCUCAUUCACAGGUUAAAUGAUUCAGUGAUGUGAAAGAAUUUUUUAAAAGGGCAUCAUAUCAAAAAAAACAUUGAAAGAUUCAGGGUUUUUUUUUUUUCACACAAAAUAACAAAAAACAAAACAUCCGGCUUCACUGAAGGUUGGAUUAAACUGAACUGUUCAGAGAGCUGAUUAGGAAAGAGUCUGCUGCACACAGCACGAUGCGCUGCGAAGAUCAGACAGAGCUGACAGACUGGCAUUUCAUACUCACCUCCACUAAAGGAUGUGUCUCGGCUCUGCACCUCCAGUACUGAUGAAAAACGACAGCGAGGAUGCAACACCAGCAGAGCACUUCCAGCUUAAAGGUCACUGACUUCUUCCUGUCAGAAAUGUUUGAACACUCUUUCCCGAAUCAACCAGGGAGGACGGCGGCCUCGUGUCACGCAGAGCAUUUGAAAAUGCCAAAAUGCUGAACAGCGUUGAUUCGUGGCCAUUAAAUCCAUCAUUUCCUGCUUUCUUCUUUAUUAUUUUUUCCUUGCCACUGAACUCUUUAUUAAUAACUGUGAUUUUUUUUUAAAACAGUAUAAGACAAAUGUACAAAUUUUAGGAUUAGGUGUUGUGUUAGUAAACUUUUUUUUUAAAGCAAAUUCAUCACAAAAAACACAAAACAUGGAUUUUAAGUUUUAUCUUUUCUCGAAAUAACAUCUUUACAUAGAUGGCAUCAGAAAACAUCCACUCCUGCGUCCAUUAAUCAUCCAUGAUCAGGUUCUGGGGGUAACUGGAGAAUCCCAAACAUCCCUCUCUUCUCAAAACACUCUCCAGAUCAUUCUUAGGUAAUCUCUCAGAUGUAAAUAGAUUCUUGAACACCCAAUCAAAUUAGGAAGAAGUUAGUUCUGCAAAGCGCAAAACCACGACAGGCAAUUUUGACAAUUAUGCUUGCUAUGAACUCAGACCUCGUAGUAGUUAGCAGGAAAACAUGGAGAGAAUCCAUGCAUGACCAGAGAGAUCAUCCAAAUGUUGCCAUUUGAAAGCAGUACACUGCUACUGUGAAAAUGGAUUUCUGUAUUUAUGGUUCUUUUGGUCAUUGGUGUAUUUUAAAUCAUCAUUGGUUAGUUUUUUGUGUUAAAUUUUUAGUUCCCAUGUUUCUGCUAUAAAUGUGAUAAUGAUAAUAAUGUUCUCCGGUGCUUCUAUUUUUCAUUUUCCUGAUUUAUCUCCUCCUAUUUCCAGUGAGGUCAUGAAGGUGCCUCUUACUUGAUUUACUUUUGUAGUUUUGUUUUUUGUCUCGGUUUUCAAAAUUGAAUCAAAUUCUAAAUGUCUGCUGAGUUAAGGUCUGGGACCUGAGGAGUCACAGCAUGUGACUUACCAGCAUACAGAGAUAAUUUCUGUCAUCCAUGUUUUAUCAGCAUCUUUGUAUCAUACAGGAAAAUGCCAUCUGGAAAAUUUCUUAUAUAUCUUUCCAAUAAAACAAGCAUGUGAUUCCUCUUAUUAUAGUGAAUGACCUAAAGACAAAAACUGAAAAUAUAUAGUACACAUACUUUUUUAUAGAACAAUUCUUUGACAUUAAUGUUUCUUCUGUCAUAGUUUGAAAUUCACAUUUUUCCAAGACCUGUAGUGAACUUUGCGCUGAAUGUUUGUAAAGAUAAUGGCAUGAAUUUAAAGUCAAAGAUGAGAGGAAUUGUUAAUUAAACCUAAAUGUUAUAUUUUGAUUUUUGUAUCCUAUAAUAAUUUUUGUUUCCUAAAUCAGACAGUUUGUUUCAUUUCAUUAGUAGAAACAUUUUGGUUCUCUGUAUCUCGUCAACCCUCCCAGUCUAUUCUCAUAAUGAUUGCUUUCCGGUCAAAGGUUCUUUCGCCUACUGUAAAUUUUAAUCCCUGAUGUCAUUUGUGCUGUCUUGGAUCAGUCCUCUUUACAGAAACUCUCUAAAUCCUUCAGGUUACUUAUCUGGUACUUGGCAAUUCAAAGCUUCAGCUCCAUCCACAAACCUAUAAAUGUGUCUUCAAGAUUACGAUCCCUCGUGGAACAGCCUGUUUACCUGGGCUAAUCCCUGAACUUUCUCAUGAUCAUCCUCACACUAUGAGGGAUUUUCUUUUAUGGAGUUCCAGACCAAAGGGGUAAUGUGGGUCAAUUUAUGCAUUCGUCAUUUCUGAAUUAUCACACUAACAUUUGUCAGAGUGUCUUGUUUGUGAUCUUGUGGGAUUUUUUUCCCCAUAUUUCUUCUCUGUAAACCUUUUGCUCUUUUCCAUAAUGACUGAGAAGUCAGAGUGGGACAUUUCUUUCUGUGGACAAAUGUGUUUUAUAAAUGCAACAAAUUAAGGUCUAGAGCAGGGGUCUCAGAC